CUGAUUUAGAACACGUGGUUCUACUGCAGGGGGGACGGGGAGACGGUUGAAUUCACAACAGUUACUGAUGCGAAACAAUAGCAACGUCUUUCUCUUUUUGCCGUAAGUCUUCGCAUGCCACUAUGAAGUACAUCCUGGUUACCGGUGGUGUUAUAUCUGGUAUUGGAAAGGGCAUCAUUGCCAGCAGCGUGGGGACAAUUCUCAAGUCCUGCGGCCUUCAUGUCACAGCCAUCAAAAUCGAUCCAUACAUCAAUAUUGAUGCCGGCACCUUUUCACCAUAUGAACACGGUGAAGUUUUUGUUCUCGAUGAUGGCGGUGAGGUGGAUCUGGACUUGGGGAACUAUGAGCGUUUCCUAGACAUCUGUCUUACCAAAGACAACAACCUCACCACUGGAAAGAUCUACCAAUCUGUCAUCAACAAGGAGAGGAGGGGAGACUACCUGGGCAAGACUGUACAAGUGGUACCCCACAUCACAGAUGCCAUCCAGGAGUGGGUGAUGAAGCAGGCCAGGAUCUCAGUAGAUGAUGAUGGCGUGGAGCCUCAAGUUUGUGUCAUUGAGCUGGGAGGCACAGUGGGGGACAUUGAGAGCAUGCCGUUCAUCGAGGCCUUCAGGCAGUUCCAGUUCAAGGUGAAGAGGGAGAACUUCUGCAACAUCCAUGUCAGCCUGGUACCACAGCCCAAUACCACAGGAGAGCAGAAAACCAAACCAACACAGAACAGUGUUCGAGAACUCAGAGGGCUUGGCUUGUCUCCAGAUUUGAUCAUGUGCCGCUGUUCAUCGCCUCUAGAGACGUCCGUCAAGGAGAAGAUCUCCAUGUUUUGUCACGUAGAGCCCACACAGGUGAUCUGUGUCCAUGACGUCUCCUCGGUCUACAGAGUGCCCCUGCUGCUGGAGGACCAGGGGGUUAUGAGCUACCUCUGCCAGCGGCUGAGCCUGCCCAUCGAGGUGAGGCCCAGAAAGAUGCUCACAAAGUGGAAGGAGAUGGCUGACAGAUCUGCCCGUCUCUUGGAGCAUGUCUCUAUAGCCCUGGUGGGGAAAUACACAAAGUUAUCCGACUCCUACACCUCCGUCAUCAAGGCCCUGGAGCACUCGGCCCUCGCAGUUAAUCACAAACUAGAGGUCAAGUACAUAGACUCUGCAGACCUAGAGGUUGCCACUCUGCAAGAUGAGCCCGUGAAAUACCAUGAGGCCUGGCAGAGACUCUGCAGUGCUCAUGGUGUGCUGGUACCCGGAGGUUUUGGUGUGAGAGGGACAGAAGGCAAGAUGCACGCUAUUAACUGGGCGAGGAAACAGAAUAAGCCUUUCCUGGGAGUAUGUUUGGGCAUGCAGCUGGCAGUGUGCGAGUUCGCCCGCAACGUUCUCGGAUGGGAAGAUGCCAACUCCACAGAAUUCAAUCCAGAAUCCGCUCACCCUGUGGUGAUUGACAUGCCGGAGCACAACCCAGGGGAGAUGGGCGGGACUAUGAGGUUGGGGAAGAGGCGGACUAUUUUCAAAUCCGGCACGAGUGUACUGAGAAAACUGUACGGAGGCGUGGAAUACGUUGAUGAGAGGCACAGGCACCGAUUUGAGGUGAACCCGGAGCUGAAGCACCACUUUGCGAAAAAGGGUCUUCGGUUUGUCGGCCAGGAUGUGGAAGGAGAGAGAAUGGAGGUCAUUGAACUGGAGGAUCAUUGUUACUUUGUUGGAGUGCAGUACCAUCCAGAGUUCACCUCCAGACCCAUCAAACCUUCUCCUCCAUACUUUGGUCUCCUGCUGGCUGCUGCAGGAAAACUCCAGGGCUACCUGAACAAGGGCUGCCGCCUCUCUCCACGGGACACUUACAGCGACCGCAGUGGCAGCAGUUCUCCUGAAGAAGACAUGUCUGAGCUGAAGUUCCCCCCUUUGUCCUGAGACUAAAGCCCACGUAGUCGUUGUGUUUGUGUGUCACUCGUGCAGAUAAAUGCAAGGCCCAGAAAAAAAAGGCAGGAGGUCUACUCUUAACUGAUGCAACAAAGGGUUUUUACAUUCUUCAGUAUACAACAAGUUGUUACAAUUUAAACUCUGUAUUCACUGAUUGUAUAAAGGUGAAGGGAUGUCUUGCUGUGAACUCUGUGGGGCUUUGAGUUGCUGCAUUAAGGAGAAGCUGGGACAAAGUGUUUAUGUAGGAAUGAAAACAAACAGAAUAGAGUGAGACUUGGACAGUAAAUCAUCAGUCUGUCGGUACAGAGGCUUGUGCAACUUUAAGAUCAUGAUGCUUGUGCGAACACGAGAGGAGAUAUGGAUGCUGUGUUUUGCAGUGAAGUAUAGAAGACGCUCAGAAUAUGCAGAUUAGUUUGCAGCAGUGUCAAAAUGUCAGGGUCUGCAUAUCGGGUUUGUUUUUGGGGCAACUCCUCUGCAAAUUCAAAUCUAAUGUAUGAAAACAUGAGACAUUAUUACUUGGGACAGUUGUUUGUGACUUGGAUUGCCAGAAUCUUGCCUGUUUAUAAUGACGGUUAGAUAUCAUUAGCUUGGUUAAUGCAUGUUUUACAAUUUAAUGUGUUGAUGUUUUUCUCCUUUUUUAGGUUUAAUACCAGCUUACAAAUCAUAACUCUCAUUAGCGGUUACUACAGAAAAGUGAGUAAGCUACAUGCUUUCUGUUUUUGAAUACUCUAGCACUCUAUUACAUGGAGUGUACGAGCAGAACCCCAAGAGUAUGAUAUUAAACUGGACCACAAAGUUGUGUUUUGGUGACUGGUGUGUGUGUAUAUAUAUAUAUAUAUAUAUAUGAAUAUUGUUUGUCAUAAUGAGGUUGAUGGUAUAGGCAUCAGCCAAUAUCCCAAGGACACUAGUUUUAUUUCUUCAUGAAAGUUGUAAUGGAUUUUGCACUUUGGGGUGUUUUUAUGCCUUAAACCUGAACUCACCAGUUCUGCUUCCAUGGUUUUUAUGGUCGAGACCUUUUUACCUGCUUACGUCGACAAACAUGAUUUUAAACUCCAUUGCCUUUUACUGUACUAUCUGACCCAGAACUUCCUAACAUGAACUAUACAGAUGCAGUCAUCUGACGAGUCGUCAGUGGCACUUCAGAUAACAUAUGAACUGAAAAAGAAAGCUUGGCAUAUGAAAGCUGAUGUCUUAAAAGUGAAAGAAGAAAACCAAAGAUUUGAUCUCGGAACCGGAGCAGCUAACUGUAGAUGAUGAGCUUCAAGCUUUCAGAUUACAUUUUCACUUUGAGUCUUCUUACAUUGAGUGCACCUGAAUAGUUAUGCCUUCAUUUAUCUGCUGGUGACCCAAAUAUAUGAGAAACGAGAAGUAUAUAUGAAGUUGCAUGUGUGAUGCGAUAUGUGUACACUCUGAAUAAAUAUACUUAUAAUAUAUUCCUCUUGACAAUCUGGCCUUUAUUCUGGUGGACCUGAGAAUCUGCGUAUGUUCUGCUUUUUACCAGUCACUAUAAAAGGACAUGCGUUAACAUUAACACUCCCGCACGUCUUAAAGAGGAUUAAACAGCUUUGCCUUCACUGAUGGCACUAUUUUCAGUGUUUGAAAGUGGGAGCGCUUGAAACCACGAGUCUGUUUACUGUAGUUAUGUACAAAAUUAAAAGUCUUAAGUGCUCUAGCAGUCACUGGAGGCUGUCUUAUUCAUUACAUCCCACAAUAUGAAAAGAUUUCAGCUGCGGUUUUAACAGACCCAGAACAGUUAAAUAAUGUAGUUGCUCUCUAGUCAAUU